AUGGGCGGUCGAAUGCCAGGUGGCAUGCCUGGUGGUAUGCUGGGUGGUCGGAUGCCGUUCGGUGGGUUCGGUGGUGGUGGUCGAGGUCCGCCACUGCGGCCAAUGCGGUCAUUGAAGGAUAAGGAGGCAUACUUGCAGGAUUUUUAUAAGAGAGGUCCUAUUCGGCAGACGGCAUUUGCGGACCUGAAGCCGGCAUAUUUCGACGCGGAUGAGGAUCAGAAGUCUGCGGUGGAAGUGGCGAGACGUCAUUGGGAAGAAGACCUGAAGGGGGAUGCGAGCGAGUUAUGGCGCCGACGGAGUCACUUUCCUGUGGAGCAGCUAUCGGAGUGGGACCGUCAGAGGUUUGCCAAUGAACUUCUGGCCGAGACGGACGUGGGGGCCGUUUUGGGUGAAUCGACCUUGGAGGGUGCCAGCGGUCAUGUUCUGGACAACCAGGGCCGUCUCGUCUUCCAAGGGAGGGAUCCUUCGGCAACUAGUGGAGGGUUGCCUAUGACGAUGCGUCGGUUCCUUCAACCGUUGGGCGAGCCGGAGCUACAGACCGUAACUGCCCCGGCUGAAAAGCAGCAGUGGGCUGGUGUACUUGGCGAACUUGACGUAGCACAUGCCACUGCCCUCCCUGUCCAACUCGUGGGCGUCCUUGGGGAACAACUCCUAGAAGCCCCGCCCACUGCUGGCUCCCAGCAACUCUCGACAGAGGAGGCCGUAGAAAGAGGCUGCUUGGAACACCUACCGAAACUCAUUCAGGACAAACAACGACAACACGCCGGGGAAAUAAUCUCCUGGCCUGGCGGUGUCGAAAUGAGGGCCGCACCACCCCAGGAGCCACCGGGUACCUACGCUACGCUCAACCCUCACGUCGAAGUGCUAGCAGGACUGCGAGCCACCAGCCAACAAGACAUCGCCAAAAUCCAACAGCUAGCAACCGCGCAAUUCUCUCCAGAAAUGUUAAACGGUGCUGCUAACCGACAACAAGCACCUAAAACCAGCAACGCCGAACUCGGCGAUAUUGGCUUGGGAACCGACGUCGACUUCGGAAAAUUCGGCGGAGGUUCCUCGGAACUGGACUACGAUGGCGAAGACUUCUUCGACGAUGGCCUCGACGAUGAUGAUGAAGAGUUUGAUGACUCAACUGAUUUUUAA